GGGAGACAAACGCAAAGUAGCAGCUGUGGAGUCUUUCAGCAGCAAUUAGUGAAUACAGACGUUAGAUGUCUUUAUCAAGACAGAGCAGAAAAACGAGCGGACGUUUGGGUUUCUAAUCCUUCUGUUUCAAUUCCAUUUUUUUUUCUUUUUACCCUUUUUAAUAUUUAUUUCUGAUGCUUCGUGUGUAAUGGCUCACGUCUCAUCAUUUGAUGUUGGAGUUUUGUUUCUUAUAGUGGUGACAGCAUCUCUGGCAAAUGGUUCAUCAUCCAGAAAAGAUGUGAGCCAGGGGAGGGAGGUGGAGGCGGACAAGCGUCUGCCCGGUGGAGCAGACGACCUCGCCAGUGUCCCCUCACGCAGUGAGGCGAAUACCUGCCCCGACUGUGAGCUGCCCGGGCCCAGAAGGCGGGCGAAGAGAUGCACAUGCUAUACGUACAAAGACAAGGAGUGUGUGUAUUACUGCCACCUGGACAUCAUCUGGAUCAACACGCCAGAGCAUACUGUACCAUAUGGUAUGUCCAGUUACCAGGGUUCCCUUCGUAUGAGGCGCUCCACUGCUACUGAGCAGCGGAGGAGGAGGAAUGGCACAGAGUCCCAGCGCUGUGCAUGCUCACAGCGGGCCGACUCCAACUGCAGCAGCUUCUGCACAAACAGGCAGAGGAGGCGACCCCUUGCAGCUCUUAAAAUGCACAAGAGGAUGGCAACUCUGCGGAGUGGGCCAGCUGUGAAAAGAACGAAUAGCAUUUGAAUCUACGUUUUCUGCGAAUGGAUUUGUAGCACGCUCAGUCACUCGUCUUCAGACUGAUGGAUGAAAGCCGCAAAAAAGCUGCUCGCACACAAACUAAAAGUGAGCUGGUAUACCAACAGAGAGCGCUCUCUGCCUCUGUUUGUCUGGCAGGUGUGGAUGAUGUUUCUUUUGUUUUUCUGUCCCAACUGAGGAUGGUUUAUGUGGCCAGUUUGUGCCGGCAGUGAAAGACUUUGCAAGAGCUCACACAUGUUAAUGCCGCGUGGAUAUGGAAGCCACUUCAUAAGCUGCUGAUAUCUGUCCCCUAGAUCAACCAAUGUUUUUAAAGCAUCUCACAAGAAGCAUUUUACAUAGCCGUGUUUACUCCACUGGUUCAACAUUUAACCUGCCUGUCUGCGUCCACAUGUGGUCGUGUCCAGUAGCUUAGCUUUAUUUUUAAAGAUAUGGUUAGAUACUCUUUUCAUCAGCAAAUAUUUGGGUGAAUUGAUUUGACUUUUUCAGGAAGAAACUGGAAGUAAUAAUACACAAAAAUCUGUAUUUACUCAAUUAAGCUGAAUCUUCUGAAGUCAUGUGUAUAUUAUAUGUGUUUAAGUAUUAAUAGGCUAUAAAUUUUAUUUUUGUAUAAUACCUAUAUGUACAAUAAAAGUGUAUAAUAAAAUGUUGUAUAUAUAACUAUAUAUGUGAUCAUGUUAAUCAACAACCCUCUGUGCUAAAGAACCCAGUCAUGUAAAAAAUAACAGUGUACCCUACAGUACAUUUAUUAUUUAUCUUCUGUCUUUUAAUAAUAAGGCACCAAUUCAUUCCUCAGUCAACCAACCAAAUGACGAGUGAGUGGGACUCUUUGAGAAAGAGUCCGUCUUGUGAUUCCGCUUCAGUCUCUGUAAAAUGGAAGGAUGUGGGUAUUUGAAAGAACGUGGUGCACAUCUGGAUCUAUUUAUGCAAAUUAAAGACUUUCACAAUCAUGCUUAAUUCAUAUCAGGGUAUAACGAAUUAGACCACAGAUGGGUGACAGGCCACAGGAAAAAUUAGUGGAGAAACAGGAUAACAUAGCCCUCAACCACAGGGUACGAGGGGUCACUGAAUGAUUUGAGUAUGAAAGUGAUAUGGAUCCUAUGCUGUGGCCUUUACAGUCACCAGAUCUCAAACCCAGUUGAACAUAUCUGGGAGAUUUUGGGCCAACGUGUCCAACAGCGCUCUCCACCACCAUCAUCACACCAACAUUAGAUGAGAGAAGAUAUUCAGAUACUGUUACAAUCAAUGCCAAUGAGAUCUGAAGCUGUUCUUGCGGCAGAUGGUGGAUAACACCUUACUAAGGCACUUUAUGUGUUUUUCCUUCAAUAUGUCUGUGGCCUACAUUUGUCCUAAUUGACGCUAGCAUGCCUGCACACCAUGCUUAAAACAUGAAAUACAUUGUAUAGAAAUGCAGAAUGACAUUAAAAAUUAUAAUCUACAGUUCAACUACAUUCAUGUCUUCAUACUAUACAAAAAGAAAAAUAUAUACUGUAGUUAAACUUCACUCUGUACAGUACAUGGUCUGCAUAGAAAACUGGACGUAUUCAUAUAAAAAGGGCUUGAAAGCAUCACCCAACUGUUUAUUUUAUUGAAUUCUCCAUUGGAAGUCUUUAAGGCAGAUUUAUACCACUGCACUGUUGCAAUAUCAAGAAGUGUGUCACAUUGAUCCAAGCUGCACAGUGUCCCAAGGGUUUAUAUUUAUAUUUGAGUCCGUAGCGCACAAUUUCAGAUUUGUAGCAUUGUUUAGUGCCAAUGCAGUAAGUAUUGUGCCUUAAUGAAGUGAGGCAUCAAUUCAUCCGACUUUAACAAUAAGAGAAUGUUGGGUGUAGAGUUUCAGUUGGUCUGGACUGGAUGCACGGCCCAUCAGACUUUCCAGGCAACUCUCCUGUCUCAUGUCGGGAGAGAGCAUGGGUCAAGAGUGCAUUCCGCAAAAGAAAGAACAAAGAGAGAAAAAGAAAGAGAAAAAAUAGAAGGAAGGCCAUAAAUUCAAGAGACUUUUCAGUGUUAUUUUAAAUAGUUGCAUAUGUGUUGUAUACUAUUGAAGUAUGCUAUUAAUAUAUUUCCAGCAGCUAUAGGUUAUCAGGAGUGAGAAGAACGGUAUUUUCCAGCAGCCCCUCAGUGAGGCCCUAUUCUGAGAGCAGUGUAAGUUCUACGAAAACAGGACUUUGUUUAUGCAGGAUCACAUGUACAGCGCAUGUAAUGGAUUUUGUAUCAUCUGCCUUCGUGUUCACUGAACGCAUGUUCCAUAUAAACAGUGAGAUGCUUUUGGGUCUAAACCAAUCUCAUUCUAAGGUUGUACAAAUGUAUACCAUGUAUGGGUUGUUGAUAAGAAAGAAAACAGGAACCUGUCCUCUCAGUUCCAGCCUUACAAAAGGAGAUGUAACUGUGAGAAGGUCGUUCUGAGCUAGAUCUUGCUUUAGAGGAAGCUUAUGGAGGACACUGAAGAAGGGAGACAUAUCUGGGGGAAGUUUUGCAAAGACAAAUCACCCUCACUUGUUCUAACUAGUGGUCUCUUUGAAUUUUUUUCUCUGUUUCAUUUACAUUUUUCAUUUAACAAUUCAUAUAUUAUAAGACUUCAUAUUAGCUUGCUAUGCUGAAUAAAACUAAGUAGAUCGUGAUGAUCUAUUGAAAUACAA